AUGUUUAUAAUUCGUGCUUUGCGAAAUGAAAAAAAGUUUGAAUUAUUAAAUUAUGAUCAUUAUCCAUGGACAAUAUCGGCAAAUAUGACACAAACAAUACGUUUAAAUGGUUUUGAUGCUGAAACACAUACAGUUUUAACCAAUGAUGGCUAUCGUUUACAAUUAUAUCGUAUAGUAAAUCCAUUUACAUUAUCCAAUAUAACUGGUUAUCCAAUUUUAUUUUUUAAUGGUUUAACUGAAUCAGCAUAUACAUUUAUUACAAUUACAAUUGGUUGGCUGGAUCGAAAUACUGGUAUUUAUUAUGAAUUUGAUGAUAAACAGUUAAAAAAUCCAAUGAAAAUUGAUUGUCAAUCGAUUUUGGAUUCGAAUAAAAAACCGAAUCAAUAUGCACAUAGUAUUGCAUUUAUGUUAUCAGCAUGUGGAUAUGAUGUUUGGCUAACAAAUGUACGUGAUAAUAUUUAUGAAGCAUCAAAUUUACAUUAUACAAUUGAUGAUCCACAAUAUUGGAAUAUUACAUUUGAUCAUUAUUCAAUUGAUGCUAUGGCUAAUAUUGAUUAUGUAUUACGAAAACAACAACAACAACGACAACAAAAACAAUAUCAAUAUGAAACAAUCGGUGCACUUUGCUAUUCAUAUGGUUGUACAAAUCUAUUUCAAUUAAUGAUCGUUGAAGAAAAAUAUAAUCAAUUAAUUCGGCCAUUAUUUUUACUUGCACCAACUAUCUAUAUACAAUCAACACGUUCAUUAAUAUUAAUUUUAUUAGGAUCUUUAGGACAAUUAGUUCGUGAAAUACCACAAUCAACAACUAAUGUUGUACCAAUUUUACCAUAUUUAGCUAAUCAAUUGGAAAAAAAUCAAUUUUUACGUAUAAUUUAUUUUUUCAGUUUAAUUUUAUUGAGCGGUUAUAAUGAACAGGAAUUUAUACCGGAAAAUCAAUAUCGUAUGUUGGCAUAUUUUCCACAAACAAUUUCAUUACAAAUGUUAACACAUAUUGAACAAAGAUUUAAAUCAAAUAAUCAUCUUUAUCGUUUUGAUUAUGGCCCAAAAGAAAAUCUAAAUGUUUAUGGACAAAUUAAACCACCAUUGUAUAAUAUAAGUAAAAUUACUAAUCCAUAUAUGAUAUUAUGGUAUGGAUCAUCGGAUUUUAUUUCCGAUACUAACGAUGUUGAACAAUUACAACAAGAUCUUUCAGUAAAAUUAUUUCAAACAUUUUAUACGGAUUAUGCACAUUUGGAUUUUAAAAAUGGUCGUACAGUAAACAGAACAGUUGUCCAACCGAUUAUCGAAAUACUUUUUAAUCUUGGUUUUCAUUAUAGAAAAUUUGAUUAA